CUGGACAGAGACCUGAGUAGGCAGAGCAAAGUCUCAUCACCUAUUCAAAUUAAAACAUAGAAAGAAACUUAAUUGAAACAUACAUCUAUGCAAUUUUGAAUCCGACUAUUUUGUUUGGUUACAAACAUUAACGAAAAUGUUAAAAAGCUGCGGUAAGAAAUGUGCAGCUUCCAUAGUAGCGGCAACUGUAUUCACCUGCCUGGUGGUGCUCCUGAUAGCGGCACCGCACCAAAGGGUCCAGGUGGAGGAGAAGUCGAUCGGAAGAGAUGGGAUGCGGUCACUACAGAGCCUGGAGAACUUUGGGACAAAUAACGGCGCGCCGGUGGACCAAAGCAAGUUUCAGUACAAUUCAAAGACGGGGCAAGCGAACGGAUUUUCGGCAUAUUUCACCAAAUUGACUCGAGGCAGGAGAGAAGUGGAGAAACCACCGCAAGCCAAGGCAGCAACCGAAACGCCCCCCGCAGAAGAUAUCAACCCGAAUGAUAUCUUCAUCGCAGUCAAGACAACCAAGAAGUUCCAUAAAUCCCGACUGGAUCUUCUUCUUGAUACCUGGAUCUCCAGAAACAUGCAACAGACGUACGUGUUCACUGACGGGGAGGAUGAAGAGCUUAAAAAGAAAAUCGGAAGUCACGCCAUCAACACCAACUGCUCCGCUGCCCACAGCCGGCAGGCGCUCUCCUGCAAGAUGGCGGUGGAGUACGACAAAUUCAUAGAGUCUGGAAAAAAGUGGUUCUGCCAUGUGGACGAUGAUAACUAUGUGAACGCGCGGACCCUGGUGAAGCUUCUGUCCCACUACCCGCACACUCAGGACGUCUACAUCGGCAAGCCCAGCCUGGACCGGCCCAUCGAGGCCACAGAGAGACUCGGGGACAACAAAAUGAGACCCGUCAAUUUCUGGUUUGCUACGGGAGGAGCGGGUUUCUGUGUGAGCCGUGGCUUGGCUCUGAAGAUGAGUCCAUGGGCGAGCGGCGGCCAUUUCAUGAACACCGCUGAGAAGAUUCGCCUGCCAGACGACUGCACCGUCGGCUACAUCAUCGAGUCGGUGCUGGGGGUCAGCCUGAUCCGCAGCAACCUGUUCCACUCUCACCUGGAGAACCUGCAGCAGGUGCCCCGGUCUGAGCUGCACAAACAGGUUACACUGAGUUACGGAAUGUUUGAGAACAAGAGGAACAUCAUACACAUGAAGGGGGCUUUCACAGUGGAGGAGGACCCAUCUAGGUUCCGGUCUGUGCACUGUCUGCUGUACCCGGACACCCCCUGGUGCCCCUCCCGCGUUGUCUAUUAACGGCGACGGCCUCCUUGGUUUGGUAUCCUCGUCCCUUACGGCCUCGGUAUCUGAAAGGCCUGAGGGACCCGUGUGGUAUUGGGCCGUGUCGCCGCUGUGUUUUUGCCGCAGCGACGCACGGUCUCUAGUUUUAUUGGGCUGCUGUGCGGCCCGCGGUUUCGGUUACGGACUUUCCCUUCCCUGUCAGCAUGUUCCCCACCCCCCCACCCACCCCAGUGCGUGGGGAGGCCAGGGCAGCUCGCCUGUAGGGAAGCGGCCCCCAGCUUUGCGCUGUACAGGCAAACGACCAUGCUUCAUAUGUUGUAAAUUUUGCUUGUGUUAAUUUGCAAUUCUCAUAGAAUGUACUUUUAUAUUUGUGUGCCCCUUUGCGCCAGAUUUUACCCACUUCUUUUGUUUCCAUUUUUUUAAUUGCCGGUAUUAUGCUUUUUAUAAUUACUAUCAUUGACUUUGUACAUUCCAUAAUCAGAGUCUUGGAAGCUGUUUAGUAUUAUAUCAGAGGGCUCUGUAGCAAUUAUCAAAGAUGAUGUAGAGAGAAAUGGGGAUCCAUGUUAAUGGAUUUAAAGGAAUUUUGUUGUAAUUUCUUUUUUUGGUAGACUCCGGACAAAAUCAAUGAGGUGAAGUUUUUCUUUAUUUGGUGCUAUCUCAGUAUUAUGAUUUAUGAUUUGCGCUGGUGAGAGGGAGUUUCCUGGAUGUACACUCAGGUGUUUUUCUCUGAGGUAUGCCAUGAUAGAGCACUUUCCCCCCCUAAUGAAUGUUUUGGCCUGUUAUGAUGCAAUUCCGUGCUAAUUAUGAAAGAAAUCCUAUCCCAGAGAUUAACCAUUUCUGUUGACUUUAUUAUAUUUAAUGCCAUUUAUUGCAAUAUAAAACAAUCUUGGGGAAAAUGAGUAAUAUAUUAGCAAUGAUCAAAAGGAAUCCUACAAUCAUCUUGUGUACUUCAUACAGAUGUGGUAAAAAUGAUAAUUGCACAGCUUCCUUUAAUAAAUAAAUUGCUGCUUGCUCUUGUAAAGUGCACAGAGGGAUGUGACGAUGUUGAUUUCCAUGACAGACUUUUUUUAAAUGGACCUGUUUACACCAAGUUAUUUGAGACAUUGUCACAUCCCUUUAUAAACAGCCUAAAGAAAUGUGUGUGCCUUCCAUGUAACACAGUGUAUAGCAGAUCAACAUGUUGAAUCAAUGGCAGCUGAAGAAUAUUCUUUGAAAUGUCAAUUUUAUUUUUUCUCUUGGCUUUUUCAUCACCAUUGAUUCAUAUUACAGGAGCUCACUGGUAGAUAGAAAAGCCAUUUAAAUUUUCUUGAAAGCACACAAUUUCCUCUUGAGGGUGCUAGCCAUCUUUUUAACUGUUACUGUGAAACUCUGGGCCUGUUAAAUGACAGCUUUACAAGAGCAUUGCCAGUUUUCCAAAUACACAGAGGUUCUCUGUGAGAAUGACCCACACUGGGUCUGUUUGUAAAUCUAUUUGAAGCAGUAGUUCUGUACUGUGACUUUUGUUUAUAAAUGUUUAUAUAUGUAUUUUUUUCUGUGGAUCAGAAAUGCUUCUGAUGUACUUCAAAGGAUUGUUUCUGUUUUCUAUUUGUUAUCAUUGUGUCUUCUUCUGUAAUUUAUACUCCAGUAUCUGGAUUGUUUAAUUCUGUGUUGUAAAUAUAUAUACAUAAAGAAUGCUUCUCAGGGAUUACAAACCUGAUAUUGUUACCCUGGAGAUUCUUGUGGUAACCAUUCUUUGCUUUUAAUAAAGCAGCAUAUUGCCUGCCUGACAAACAUGAUGUCUUA